UGCCAAAAAUCGUCUCAAAAUGUUUUUUGGGAACGCCAAAGACUUCAAAAUUGCACGGCGGUUCACGUUCAACCAGAAAGAGUCUGACAUCACCCACUUCCUGCCCCGAGGAGGUUGGUUACCACGAAGGUUUCCGCGCUUUGACCGAAAAAAAAUUUAUUUGACUUGUUUUGGCAUCAAACUUGCACCAAGUGCAAUUUCAUCCACAUUAUAAAGAAAAAAGUUACAACGAUUGAAGAUUGGUUUUCUUUAAAUACCUUAAUUAUACAAGUGUCUUUUAUUCAGAGGUAUUUAACUAACAAAAUAUUUUUUUUAAAGAAAGGUGAAACAAUCAAGGGAAUUUAAUAUUAAUUUCACGCAAAUUUACUAAAUUAGUCUGCUUGAAGCCCUAACUAAUAAAUCAUUUUAGGAUCCACCAUCCCGUUUUAAUAAAAUUAAGUACUUCCAGUCGCCCCUGAAUACCAUUCAACACAACCUUAGAUUUGAAUCAAACUACUCAUUAAACCACAAAAAUCACAUAUCUCCAUUUCGGUAUCAUGCCAAUUCCUCUUUUAUGACAACUGCAUAAAAUCGAGAUUUCAAUACACGGCAUAUAAAGUUAUGACAUUUUAGCUACUGAAUCUGCUUCAACUUUUACCGUGAUAAAGGCAUUUUAACGUUCAAAAGGAAGUUCGUAUCGACACCAUUGACCUUUGAUGACGUCAAUGUACCAGAGGCUUAUAAUCAUGAACACUCGGAAAACAAUAGAUUUUACCCAUCAACCCCGAUAGGCUGUUGAACUAAAUCUAAUAAUGUACCGGAAUGAAUCAGACAAAUUUACAAUAAAUAUUGGAUACGUAUUUUACUACACAUUUUUUACCGCACCUUUAAAAAUUAAGGAAGGAAAACCAAUUAAGAUGAUGAAAUGCCCCUAAAGGCCGCUUAACCACACGUAAAGGGGCCUGAAAAGAUCACUUAUAUAAUUGACAAUAAAAAAGGUACUACGUCCCACGAGUCUUCAUUUACAGUUUAAUAGAUAAAAGAAAAUAUACUUACACAAUUUUUUUUCUAAAUUUGUCUGACGUACCAAGAAAAAAAAAUGACAAAUACCCUAUUUACUAUGUGUUUUCGAACAUCAGCUUAUGACGUUUCUCAAUUAAAGUUUCAACCUUGAAAACUCAUUCGUAUUCAGCGGAGUCGAAUCUAGACUAGUCCUAUUUUAUCUGUGUUGGACAUAUCUGGAACUCGAACCAAAUUGGUACAUUUACAUUUAUAUCUUCAACUGACAGACAAUUUUAAGGAAUGGAGAUAGUUUUAACCACGUGCAUACGUAUAGUCAAGGUACAAAAGACAGGAUUACUCAAUAUGGUGGUAAAGUAUGCUCUAAUCAUAAAAUUUCCGUGUAAUUUUUCAUAUCUUUUCUUGCAUAAGAGCCUUCUAUCACGUGUGAUACCGUGAACAAGGGAAAUACUUACUGAUUAUUUUUUAUGAUAAAAGUAUGCAACGGUUUACUCAUGCUUAUUUAUUAGAUUGUCCGAUUUGCCUUGUUGCACUACAACAUUCCCAUCAUCUAAAUACCUCUAAAACAUACUAGUCCUAAAAAUGUAUUCAAAUUCCGACUUUCUAAGGACUUUUACACAUCUAUAAUCCGGUUACUCCUUCUAUCAACUGUACCAGUAAUUGCAGGGUCGUUUCCACUCAAUAAUUCAUUGGUUUUCUCGUCGGCUGCCGUAAAAGUGCCACUAGAGAAAUGGGUUGACAAAGCUUUCUAAUUCACAUCUCUGACGUAGCCUAAUAGCUGGCAAUUAUUCGCUGUCUUCCUUGUUUACGGAGCAAGGAUUAAAACCAAAAGAUAAUAUCAGUUAAUCGUGUGAAAAAAGGAUAACCGUGUAAUCCUACUAAAUAUUAUAAACUCGGAAGUUUGAAUGUAUGGAUUUUUGUUGCCCUUUCAUUUAAAAACCACUGAAAUUAUUUCGAUGAAGCUUGAUAUACAGUUUGGUUUAUAACCAGGAUUAAAACAUAGGAUAUUUUUAAUGGUGGGAACAUUUUUAAUCGGUAGCGGGCUUGUCAUUGAAACAUAUGAGUGCGCGCCGGGUUUUGAACCUACCACUUUUAGUAUAUCGCGUCUGAUGAGUGCUGCUAUUAAGAAGAACCUGAAAGCUGAAGAAAAUAGUAGAAGGGAUAUUGAUAAAUCUUUUUUGUGCACGUGGAAAUUAUGUACCGCCGAAAUAUUGCAAACUCAGAAACCUUCUAUGCCAAGUUAAUGGAUCGUGAAACUGUUCAAUUUUUUUUCUCUUAUCUUAGAACGCAACAUGGAAAGAUUGAACUGAUUUAUCCUUUUUUUAUUUUCGCAGGUUUUUUCUGCAGGAAGACCAGCUUUCCCAAUUUCCAGGUCUCUAGAAAACAAUCUGCGAAAAUUAUAACUUUUUGGCUAGCAUCCUGCCUGAGAUACAGCCUGGUGACGGACAGUCAUACAAAGAGUUUCUUCCGAUGGCAGAUGGUGCAGUCAGAACGUUUGAGAUUAUUCUUUUCACAUUGGGACUGGACAGAAAUUCGAAGACGAAGAAGACUUAAUUGUGUCGCUGGCAUAUCUAUAGAUUUGCUUUGUCUCGGCACGGCAGUUCUUCUUAAUAGAAGAACACUGAUAACCUCCGCCAAUUACCUUGAUCCAUGGAUGAAUCGUAUGAGGGACGUUCGUAUUUGGGCGUUGGGCAGAGGUGGAUACGAAAACAUGCCUUAUAGGUACAGAGUAUGGCGAAUCACAAGACUGUUUCCAAAAAGUUUAAAUCCAGAACAUUGGCAUGGUCCAAGAGGUAUCCAUUCGCCGAGGCACGACGUUUCUGUUAUUCAUAGUCUUGAUCAAAUAUACAUUAUGGCUUAUCCACCGACCAGGUACCAUCUUCCUUAUAGGUGUUUUUUAUGCGGUAAACAUCACAGACUAUCAUCCGACCUUUGGUUUACUGGUUCCGGAUACGAAUAUCUUCUGCAUAUUAAAGAAAAUUAUAAAAUAUUUUUCGCAAUGACUCCUAAAAAGUACAUUGUCGAUUGUUCUAAGUAUUUACCUAAAUGGUGGGGGAAAUUUAUUUGCAUCAAAAAUUAUGAAAAUUUACCUGGAGUGCCAAAUGGUGGUGCUUUAUUUGAUGGGGAUCACAUCGUUGGUAUUGGUUGCUUUGAAAUCCGAUACAAUGAGGAUAGAAUUAUGGUGUUUACUGACUUAAGGUACUAUAUGGACUGGGUAUAUUUAUAUGCUGAAAUCUCUCCAGGCGAGUACUACGAGUAUGCGUACCCUCAAUGGGGCCAAAACUUGGGAUGGUUUUUUGAUGGUUUUAACAAUUAUCCUUACAUCCCUUGGUGGCAGGUUAGAGAUGAUUUUUACCCAAUGGGAAAGAAAAAGUAGACUUCUGGUAUUUGAAAUAUGGUCUGGCCAUUUGCAUGGAUAAAGUGACAGGUUUCUUCGUCGACACAUUAUAUUUUUUCUUCUUCGACAUCAAUCAAUACGUUUCAAACAAAUAUGUUUAUUAAAUUGACUUUGCGAUGAACCAAAUGUAAUUAUGUUCCCUGUUGUAUUUCUGUGUGAAAGUAGACGAUAAAUGCAAAAAAUAA